AUGGCUCGUCGUUCCGGAUCUCGUUGUCACGCGCCGCUGCGAGCAACAUCGUCGUGCGAGUUAGUACCGCUCCUAGCAACGCUCGCGCUGUUCGCUGCCUUGCUUCCGAGUCGCGGCGUUCUCGCUGUGACUGAUCCCGCCCAUGUGGCCAUUCUCAGGACCUUCGCUGCUCUAGGCAACCCCAGCAGCCCCCCUUUCAACGCUUGGACGGGGGAUGAUCCGUGUGGGGGAGAUGUGGGGAGCGCAUGGUCUGGCAUCAAGUGCGACACAGGCAGCCCGUACAGUACAGUGGCUGAGAUGUGA